CACAGGUUCACUCACACCCACCCCACACCCCAGCCAGGGUAAUCUAAUCACAUCACACAACUACACUACACUACACCACUAUGCCAUGCUCCCGCACAUUCUUCAAAGCCACGUCCAUCGACACCCUCACCCUCACCCCACCACUCUCCACACACACAUCCGGCCCUGCCAGGUGGGGCUGUGUCAGUGUGCUCGCGGGGCUGCCCCCAUCGCCCCCACCACGACCCUCCCCCCCACUAGUAUUGACUAUCUGCGGCACUCCCCCCAGCAGCAUCACCUGCAGCCGACCCAGGCCAGAGGCAGGGGUGGGCCGCCACGUCCAGCAUGUCAAGUCGUGAUGACCUGAAUGACCAGACCACCACACACACGCGCGUGAAUGGCGGGCGUGUGUGCUUUGUCCGAUGGAUGGAUGGAUGGAUGGAUGCAGCUCACACACCUGGUGUGGUGGGAAGGUGGAUGAAGCCGUGGCCGGCGACCUCCACCCCGCCGGAGGGGUGCUCCUCGAACACACGGAGCUCCAACCGCGGCCACCCCUUGACGCUUGAGAAGGCAAAAUGCCCCUCCAAAGGAUGAUUCCAAACUGCAUACCUGCGCCAAAACACACACAGAGAUUCCAUCCAUCCACGCGCAGGCGCACGCACACAGAGAGAGAGAGGGAUCUCUCGUCAGGCCUUACCUGCUCUCGCCGUCACAUUCGCUCACAAACGUGGCGCCCUCCUGGGCGCCUCUCAGCAGCCGCCAGCUGCUGCUGUCAUACCGCAGGCUGAACGAGCAGCACAGCGCUGUGCUCUCGGCCGUGCCCUCGCACCCCUCCAGGCAGCCAGAGAAGAACAGCUGAGGGCGGGAGAGAUCUGUGGCUGCUGCAGCUGCUGGUGGUGGUGGGUUGUGCGGUGUGCGGGCAGAUGGCGAAGGGGAAUACGGCAUCUUGCGACGUCGCGAAUCUCAUGACUCGCGAU